AUGGACGAAUCGAAUCCCCGCAAGCGGCCUCGACCCGUGGUUUCGUGUCUACGCUGUCGCGACAAGAAGCUAAAGUGCGACCGCACCGCGCCGUGCGAGAACUGUAUCAGAGCAAAGACAUCAGACAGUUGUACAUAUCAGCGGAACAACAGCGCAACUUCGAAAGAGGGUAUGCCGGUAUCGAAAGCGACUACCACCGCCGUUGAAGAUUUACAAUCGAGGUUGGCUAGAGUUGAAGAGCUGCUGGGAAUUCGAUCCAGCAACAGCCCAGAUCGAACUGAAGAUACGAAGCCGCAGACGAUAGGCACUGUGGUGGUCAAGGGGAGCAGGAGUGUAUUUCAUGGGCAAAACGAUCGAACCACGCUAUUGAACCAGUUUUUGGAAGUCAAGGAUUUCAUCCACGAGUUGUCCAAGGACAAGCAGAUCCAAGCGUCGGCGAAACAGAUCAAGUUCUUGCAAAACAAAUGUCGCAGCAAAAUAGGCUCACCGGACAGCCUUGUAGGUUCAGAAUUCUCCAUGGCGCUCCUGAAUCUACGAGAAUUUCUUCCGCCGAAGCCGUACUGCGAUAGACUUGUGGAUAUAUACUUUCAGCAUUUCGAACGUACCUUCAGGGUAUUGCACAUACCUACCUUCUUGCGCCGGUACGAACAAAUCUGGGCAGAUGAGCAUGUCGAUAUAUGUUCUUCUUCCACCAUCAUACCCAAACUCACCGUAGUCAUGACAAUGGCGCAUCACAUGGGUGAUGCACUGCAGCAAGGCGAUGAUCGAACCUAUAAGACAUACCUAAAGGGGCCUGCCAUGGAUCUGGUUCACGCCUGGCUCGACGAGCUGGAUAGAAAGCAGCGCACUGAACUCUCUACAUUGCAAGUGGAGGUGUUACUUCUCCUUUCCAGAAGCCUCCGAGGGAUCCAGCCGGAGAAGCUGUGGAACUCAACCGGUGCUUUAGUACGCUCUGCCAUGGUCAUGGGUCUCAAUGUCAAUCCUGCAGGUAUCUCAGGUAUCACACCAUACAAUGCCGAGCUACGGCGCAGAAUAUGGGCAACCAUCCUCGAGAUGGAUUUGCAGGCUUCUAUGUUCUGCGGCAUGCCACUUGUCGUUCCUGAUCUUGACCCGUGCUCACUAGUUCCAUCAAACAUCAACGAUGUUGAUUUUGACGAAUCGUCUGGGAGCCUGCCUGCCUCGCAGCCGAUUCACACGUACACGGAUAGUAUCUAUCAAGUCGUUCUCGCGUCCUCGCUGUCACAGCGCAUCAAAGCUCUGUCUGUUGUCCAGCAUUCUACCCCUGAUGUCCAGGAAGGUAUCAGUUUGGGGAGGAUGGUCGAAGAAAGCCUGUUGCAGAAGCCACAAGCGCUAAACCUGGACAACAGUAACGAACGUCCUGUAGACGGUGGCUCGUUGCUACAUUGUGUCUUGCUCGAUCUCUACCUGCGACGGCCUAUACUUCGGCUGUACAACGCUUUACUUCUUGGACAGCAGCAGAACACCCCGGCGCUUGUUCGGAUAAGAAAAAGCUGCCUCGAGUCUUCGCGAAUUGUCCUCUCCUACCAAGAUCUUUAUACCGUUCCCGCCCUUGCUACGGUCACUGAUAGCCCGUGGGCACAUCAGAAUUUCUUCUACCAAUGCUGCAAAAUGGAUGUCCUAUGGGCGGCACUCACCCUGUGCGAGCAGAUCAAACAUCACUAUGAGCUGGAAAGAGACAAGGCAAGCUACGAUAGCCUGCCCUUGGUUCGAGCAGUCAAGACCACAAUCACUCACCUGGUCGAACGUCUCGGACAGAAGGGUAGCGAUCUCAAGGAUAUUGUGUUCCUCGCGCUUGUACUACAAUCUGUCCAGCUUCCCGAAACGUCGCCAGAUCGAUCGCACCUACUCCAGCAAGCUGCGACGAAGACGUUAGCGAGGUGUCGAGAAAAGCUGUUGCAGCCUUUGGCAGCAACUCACUCGUUACCACCGGCAGCGUCUAUGAAACCUCCCAGCGUUGAUGCAACACCGGUCCUAGGCUCAAUGUCCAGUGCGAUUACACCCCCAAUCUCCAACCCCAGACUUACUCCAAUCUCUGUGACUGACACGGCGUUCCCGAUGAACCUUCCAGCGAGCUCGGAACAGUGGUUUGGCGAUCUGUCUGACCUGGCUUUGGAGUACAACACCUUCCAAGCUGGUGUGUUCGAUGCCAACGAUCCUUUGAACUUUGGCAUCGCGCAGAAUUGGAACUGGGAGCAUAUGUGGCAGUGA